AUGGCAUCCCCCCAACAAUACGCUCUGCUAUGCCUAGAGAAUCCGUUACUCGAUAUCCAAGGCCAAGGCGAUGAAGCAAUGCUCUCCAAAUACGGUCUCAAGCCCAAUGACGCCAUACUCGCCGAAGAAAAGCACAUGGGCCUCUACGAAGACCUGCUCCAGAACCACGACGCAAAGCUCAUAGCUGGCGGUGCUGCGCAGAACACUACCCGUGGUGCACAAUACAUCCUCCCCCCGCACUCCACCCUCUACAUCGGCUGCGUCGGCUCCGACAAAUACGCCACGACCCUGCGCUCCAAGAACGAAGAAGCCGGCGUCCGCUCCGAAUAUCUCGUCUCUCCCGACCAACCGACCGGCCGCUGCGGGGUCAUCAUCACCGGCCAUGACCGUUCCAUGUGCACGCAUUUGGCUGCCGCGAACGAGUAUAAGAUCUCCCAUCUCCAAUCGCCUGAGGUUUGGAAGCUGGCGCAGCAGGCGAAGGUCUACUUUGUCGGCGGAUACCACUUGACCGUCUGCGUGCCCGCGAUCAUGGCACUGGCGGAGGAAGCAGCCAAGGAGGAUAAGGUUUUCAUCAUGAGCUUGUCCGCUCCCUUCAUCCCGCUGUUUUUCAAGGAUCAGUUGGCUGAAACGAGCAAGUAUUGGGAUUACAUAAUUGGAAAUGAGACCGAAGCGAGGAGCUGGGCAGAGUCACAGGGGCAUGAGACGAAAGAUGUGAAAGAGAUCGCGCAGUUGGUAGCGGAUUUGCCGAAGGAGAACAAGGGGCGUAAGAGGACAGUGAUCUUUACGCAGGGGACCGAGAGUACGGUUGUGGCGGUGCAGGGGGAGAAAGAGAUUAAGGAGUUUGGAAUUAAGGAGGUCAAGAAGGAGGAUAUCUGCGAUACUAAUGGUGCAGGUGAUGCCUUUGCUGGCGGAUUUGUCGCAGGUGUCGUCGAGGGAAAAUCACUCGAUGAAUCGAUUGACAUGGGACAUUGGCUUGCGAGUCUGAGCAUUAAGGAGCUGGGACCACAAUAUCCCUUCCCCAAGCAAAGCUAUCAGCCGACGUCGAAAAACGACUUUCUCUCCGUGAAUUGA